AUGGCUGCCCUCAUUGCAUCCAACUCCCAGGAUUGGAUUGCGUCCCAGUUGUCUGCGACUACUGCGGACGCUCGCCCUUCACGAACCAAUUGGCAUUAUGUACGAGAUCGGAAUGGCAUGAUGGUUAUCGACCCUGUCCUUGGCUUUUACUUUAACCCACCCGAAAACGCAGAGUGUCGUUGGUCUACGGACAACGGCGCUCGCGUGCCACAGCAUAUCAAGAAAGGUUUGCAACUACCCAGACGGACUCUGGUCCUUUGGGAUGACGAGAAACUCGAGUCUGAAGCAGCUCGCUUUCGAGAGAAGUACUGGGAAGAAAUGAGGACGCUGGUCGCGCCGCAACGAUUCGAAGACCUCUAUGAAUAUUUCGACAGCGCCACCCUGUGGGCAUCUGGUGCGGUCAACAUGUGGAACCUCGUCAACCUCCUCGCGAAUGACGCGCGCCACAACUGGCGUGAGGUCGAGAAGCACGUUGCAAGCGAAUGCAACAACUGGGUCUUGGACUGGCUCGAAAGCUUCCCUGCAGCUGAUUCCAACCGCGAGUCUCUCGUUAAGUGGGACCAGAAGAGCGACAUCCUCACGGCGGUCACCAGCCAGUUUGACUGGGAGAACGAUCUCAAGUUUCUUGACCUCGUUGGUCAGAACAUCCUGCGCGAGUGCUUCCUCUAUCACUUCGAACGUCUCACGGGGAAGAAACCCAGCGUUGCGCGCUUCAACAUCCACGCUGCAGAGGACAAGCCCACUUCAGCUCGAAAGCCUGUGAAUGAAUCGGCUGAUACUACUACCAAGGCCUCAUCUAGCCCCGGUGUUGCGCCUACUCCAUCGUCUCCGGCCCAGGCUCUAGCUACGAUCCCUGAAGAGGCCGCUGCCGUCAAGACUGCCACGAAGUCGGAAGGUCUUUCAAUUGACACGAGUGUUUCAACUCGGAUCCCCCAUCAAACAGUGUCGGCGCCUGCGACUGCAGUUCCUCGCAUCACAAUCGAGCAGCAGCCCGCCAAGGAAGCUGAAGAUGUCCCUGAGCAAAAGGACCUCAAGAGCACGUCCGAAGAUGAGUUCUUUACGAACCAAGAUUUAGCCGAUCGUGUUGAGGCCACGGCACGGCAUUUGUCUUCCCAAUCGACGCCUGGAGAGAAGCAAGAUUACAUUCUCAGCGCUUACAUGCACAACACCCAACCUCGUGCAGUGUCUGCCACCGAGAUGGAAGGCACUGCGCAGCAGGGUCGUCGGCUUCAACACACAUUCCCAGAGAAAGCUGGGACUGUCCCUCGUAACAUGAAUGGUAACCAACCACCUUUUGGAGGAUCGCGGGAUUUCCCACAGGGUAAUGGUCCGAACCGCCAGCAGACUUCAGCGAACACCGGCGCUUUCCCUGGUGGGCAGUCCGUUGUUAAACAAGGAGCUCCGAUGGGACCCUCGCACCAGCAGCACAUGAUGCAGCCUUUCGGCCCGCCGCAUAAUGGUAUGCAGCCACCGCCUCCAGGCUUCAUCCAGCCAACUUCCAGCCACGGCAUGCCGGCGCACCCGAAUUCCUUCACAUCCUCGGGACAAGAUCUUCAACCAGAUCUUGGUCUGAAGCCAAUGCUGGGCCUGUCCGGUAUGGAAUUCCAGAACCAGAUGCCAACGCGCCUACCUCACACGGAGCAGCCUCAAUUGAAUCAUCCUCUUGCGCCUCCCACGAGUAUGCCAACUCAUUGCAGUGACCAACAGAACGCCGGUGCUCCAAUGUAUCAGCCAAACGGGUACAUUCCUCAAUCCCAGCAUCGGCCUGUUGGUGAAACUGGAAACAAGAAGAAGCGUCACGAUGAACGUCGCGACAGUAUGAACUCGGCUGGCUCGCGCAGCAAGGUCCGUGAUGAUCCUAUCCAUGGACCCGUCUACGCUUUGAAGUCACGCAAGUACAGCAACACGUCCACAGGUCGACAGUCGUCGAAAUUGGACAGCUGUUCAGCCAUCAAUUCGAAGCAACCGGCUUCUAGCCCCAACAUCGAAUGCAGGAACUUUCGACUAGAUAAGCCCAAGACCUACAAUCGCAUUUUCAUCGACUGCCCGUGUUUUCGAUGCAUGAGAUCCUGCAGAAGCCUCUACGUGAAGCACGACAAAUUUCCCCAAGAACGGGUCCAGACCGCUCUUAUGAAUCAUUUUGCUGGAUGGGGAGCUUCACAAGUGAUCGUGAUAGCCGAAGGUGGUGGCAGUCUUGUGCAAUUCAAGUCAGAUCAAGAUGCCAUUCGCGCCAUGCGAGACCUCUGCGCCAAGCCCAACCAGGGAAAAGAUAUACCAGGCUUGGGCACCGUGCCCAGGAUUUGGUAUGCGUUGUUUUCGAAACACUAUACGAAUCCUUAUGACAACCCUGAUGGCCUUCCUCGCGGUGAAUUGGAGGGGAAGAGCAACCGUCGCCGCUCAAGCUCAACUCUGAGUCGAGACUCGAACCCGUAUCGGAAUCAGCAGCCGAGCAAUGUCCUCUUCAACACUCCGACUUUUGCCACUCGCGGCCCCGCUAUGCAGCCUCCUCAGAUCUGGCAUGGAGAGACAGGUGGCCCACCUCAUCUCAACAUGGUGCCUGUUUCCCGGCAGCCCACACAACGCAAGCUGUGGGAUCCGGCCAGUGCGGAUGAGAACCGGAAGCCCAGCAAGACAGAGACGAUGACUAAGGAUGAGAUGAUCUACCAGCCGAAGACCUAUCCCAAGAGGCCUGUCGAGGUCGUGGCGUUGAAGGAGGACUGGCGAUCCAAGCCGCCGGCGGAAGAGGUCAUUGAGGACAUUUCAGGUGAUGAGGCCGGCCCCGCUGAGAUUUCCAGCAACGUCUCAUCUCAGGGUGCUAGGAGCAUCAAGGUAUGCCUGCCGGAUGAGGCUGGAUCUUCGCGCUCACGCAGUGUCUCUCCAAAGUCUGGAAAUGACCGCAUCAAGGAGCAGGUUCAGAGGGGCUCGCCAAAGCCGAAUGCGAGUGUGGAUCAAAAUGAAGCCCAGGCUGGACUUGACACAGCUCAGAAUUCAAUGACAGAAGCUGUUGCCAAAGAUGAUAUUCCGUUCUCAACGGGGUACAGAAAGGCAACCGCUGAGCUCGCUGUGCCGGUAGAGGUGUUCCAGCCUACCGCUGAUCCUGAGCAACUGCAGCCCACGGAGAAGCAAGGCAAGAAGGGGCUCUCUUACUACAGCAAGGUAACCUCUGAGCUGACUGAGGCGACUGAAGGUUUUGAUGUCAACACAGUGAUUCGUCACAAGCCUUCUCGCAGCCCUCUCCCAGACGAAUGGAUGCCCAUCUCAGAACGCGGAUGCUCCAACUUGCGUAAUCGAUUCACUGAGCUGAGUGGGGCUCUUGAGCUGGAAGCUCUCGAAAACCAAGUCGUUGCAUCAAUGACAGAAGGAACGAGUGUUGCCAUGGCACCUGAGGCCCCCAAGACCGAAGAAGCCCCUUCUCAACAGCCUAAGAAGAAGAACUUUACCACCAACACCAACAAGGGUGGAAGGAGCAAGAAGAAUAAGUCGAAGGCCAGUAAUGACACCCCCGAUUCCGCACUUUCUUCUGCAACUCCCACGGAAGCUCAUUCCCGUGGUCCGUCCCGGGCUUCAAACAACCGUCCCGUGUCACGAGCUUCAACUACUCGCCCAGAGUCGGCCGGUGACACAACUCAAUCGCCCUCGCGUUCCCAAUCUGCAACCCAGAGUCAUAUGGACCCAUCCCCUGUUGAUGAACCCAAGAAGCCAAUGAAGAAGAAAAACACCAAGUCGCAGAGGAAGCGCAAGCAACCAUUCAAUGCCGAAACCUCGGCGACUCCAAUUGGGCAGGCGAAGACCGAGGGGUCUCAGGAUCAGGGCCGGGUAGCCUCUAGGCAGGAAUCUCCAGCAAAGAAGCCCAAGACUCUACAAUCUGGGCCUGCGCCCGAGACACAGAGGCAGUCGGAACCCGAGCCAGCCAAGUCGGUGGAUGAUACUCAGGGCAAGCUCGUCGGAGCGAAACAAGACGAAUCGAAGAAAUCUCGUUCUCCAGACGAAGCAGGCGGCUCUGCCCGCCCAGAGAAGAAUCGUCCGCCGCAGAAGCCUCAACAGAAGGGCAACCGCAGUGAAGAAAACGAGCCGCCUCAGAAGCAGGCGCCGGAGCCCCUGCAGACCGUCUUUGAGCCACCUGCUGACAGGAAUCGCGACGACGCGUCACCCGAGGCAAACCUGUUCCCCAACCAAAAGUUCACCAUCGACAAGGUGAAGAAGGACUCGGCUAUGGCGGCUCCACUGAUGAUGAGUGAGCCGAGUGGUUACCACAGGUACCCAAACAACAGGAAUUUCACCACCAACGACGCACGGAUUGCACUACCCUUACUGCCGCCCAACGCGAAGUCAUCUGGCUGGGCUACCGUUGCUGUAAAGGGGGGACGGCCCAAGAGCGAUGAUCCAUUCGCGAGUGUGCAGGAUGGACCAGAGCCAGACGAUUGGAUGAAGGACAAGGCGGUCAAGUCUGCGCAGAAGCCGAGCAGCGAGCCAACCUCGCACCAGACGUCCCCUACCCCUUCGCCCGAGAAGAAGAAGAAGGAACAGCGCGCCGGCAGCAGCAAGCUCAACGCCGCCGCCAAGGCCUUUGCGCCGUCGUCUAUCCCUUCGUCUCCGGCUGCGAGUGCAGCCUCAGUUCCUUCCGUCAACGCCGUCCCGUUCCACACGAAGAAGCCAUCUCUCCCGGGCCAGAAGGGAGCUGUCGAGCAGCGCUUCAUCACGCCAGCAGAGCAGGUCAUCGACCCCGCUACAGUCACUCAACCGGGCCCUCCCACAAAGAAGAAGCGAGUCGGUCCUGGCCCCGACCGUGGUGACAGCAACCUGAAAGAACGCGCCAAGUCAUUCGAAACGGCAUUGGCCCCAAGCAGAACGAAGAGCACAGCACAGGUCGCGUCGACGGCGAGUGGUGUGCCGAAGCUUGUGGACGAGGAAGAGUUUCCUACUCUUGCGGCGGCGGCUGCGGUGCCCCAGAGGCGUGCCGCGUCGGCCGUGAAGACGUCCGCGACAGCAUCAGCCACGGCUUCCAAGACUGCCACCGCUGCUGUAUCCAAGGCGGUAGCCACCACAAAGCCCUCGAUCACGUCUCCCAACAAGAUCAAGCUGGGACAGCGCGGGGAGGUCUCCGCACCGGCGGCUGACAAGCCGGCCGUGGGUGAGAAGAUCAAGGCCAGCGAAGAUCAAUGGACAACUGUGGGGUCAGGCAAGAAGGCCGGUGGGAAGAACACAGGCAACGGCAACAACGCUCGGUCUGCCUCUAGCAGGGCUGGCGGCAGUGGCACUGGACAUGGUGGGCGAACAGGUGGACAGGGAAACCGUGGUGGACAACCUGCUGUUGGCGAAGAGCGGAAGGGCGGCUGA